AUGCCUAAGACUAGUUAUUUGGAUAAAAAUUUCAAAUCUACUCACUACAAUAAUGUGCGACCUUCUUACCCCUUAUCUUUAGUCAAUGAGGUAAUGAAAUUUCAUAAAGGCCCCUGCAAAACCUUGGUUGAUAUUGGAUGCGGCACAGGAAAGGCAACUUUUCUCUUCGAGCCCUAUUUUGAGGAAGUCACUGGCGUUGAUCCCUCUUCUGCCAUGCUUUCCAUUGCUGAGAAGGAAAAAAACGAACUUAGAUUAAAUAACAAGAUUAAAUUUGUUAAUGCAGUUGGUGAGGACUUAUCCAGCAUUCAUCCAGGAACGGUGGAUAUGGUUAUUUGUGCAGAGGCCGUCCAUUGGUGUAAUUUGGAAAAACUAUUCCAGCAAGUUUCCUCUACAUUACGAAGUGAUGGAACUUUUGCAUUCUGGUUUUAUAUUCAGCCAGAAUUUGUGGACUUUGCCCCAGAAGCCUUAGAUGUAUACUACAAAUAUGGAUGGGGCAAGGAUUACAUGGGCAAAUAUUUGGACGACAACCAGCGGGAAGUUUUGUUGAAUUACGGUGGUGAAAAACUACGUUCUUUGUUAUCGGACCGAUUUAAAGAUAUUGAAAUAACAAUUUACAGUCCUUCGGACGCAAAAGCAUCAACAGUAACUGCUGAAAACAGUCAGUUUCUUUGGAGGACAACCACUACUCUAAAUCAAUUUAGAGAGUUUGUGAAAAGCUGGAGUUUAUACUCUUCUUGGACCAGAGAUAAUCCCUCUAAACCGGAUAUUGCGGAUAUAUUCGUUGACGAGUUGAAGAAGGUCUGUUAUUGUGAAAACUUGGAUGUGCCUUUGAAAGUAGAGUGGUCAACGUUUUAUUACUUAUGUAGGAAAAGAGGAUAA